GAGUAUUGAACAACCUACAUCAAUAUCUUUCAUGGGCUUUAAUGCCUGUCUCAUCCCCUCCUGUCACUUAAUCCCUCCUAGCCAUAAUCAUCUUUACGUUAUUGACCGUCCAGUCGAUCACAUUUCCCAUGCCCUUGAGGAGCUUGAAGGUCCAUGGCUAUGUCGCUAGCCCCGCCACUUCGUCGGCCAAUGAUGCCGACCAGUGUAUCUUUACCCAUCACAAAAUCACAUAGACCUUCUCUGCCCAAACAACGCUCAACACUCAAGCGAUCGAUCGAUGAAACCAGCUUCAUGGAUGCCCCUUCGAGCCCUUCAAAGCGGUCCCGCGUGACCUUUGACUCUGAUGUCGAGAUCGUCUCUGCCGAUGAGGAAGAAGAGUUGGACCCUUUGGUAGUCAAGGAACAAGUUCGCAGAGCCAUUGAGAAACAUCGUGUGAGAGAUGACGAGUCAUAUGAACGCAUAAAAUCCAUCUUCUCAACUCCGCAUGACAAGGAAAAUUCACCCUCCACCAAAGUGCUCAAAAUUCACCUCCAAGCACUUCUUGCAAACAUCACUUCUCUCAACAAAGACUGCUCCGGAUUGGUCAAUGCCCUUCUAUACAGUGAAUGGGUCGGUAGAGACCAAAAUUAUUACUCCACCUAUGUUCGGUUUCUGAAUAACUUGGCCGCUGCUCAGCGAGGUUAUCAGCAUAAAAUCAUGGGCGUCCUCGUGGAUCUACUUGGCCCACAAAAGACUCGAAGAAUAGGUGGAGCAAAACCUGUGCGACAGUCCACCAUGCACCGCCGGGUUUUGCAAGCUAUGCAGUACAUCACAACCAAUGUACCAUCGGCUUCUGCUGCACUUGCAGACCGAUUUUCCGCACGCCUCGAGUUCGACUUCCAAAAGAGUGAAGAGCGCAUGACCUACAUCCGCAAUCUCAUGGAAUUGAUCAAGUAUGUGCCAGAGUUGACCGCAGAAAUUUUGACCACUGUAUUGCGCGAGUUGAUCAAACUGGACGUCUCUGUACAAGUCGAUUUGGACGACGAAGAAGAUGAUGCCGAAGAAGACAUCCUCCAACACAUGUCUUCCUCACAAACUCUCAUCGCCCGGCAAUCUCAAGACCUACUCAAGAGCCCGUUGGACUCAGAGAAUGACGACUUGACCACCUCUGAUGAAGAUUCAGAUAUGGAAGACGACGACGUGGACCCAGCAACGAUGCGCCGACGCAAGUUAAAGGACGACAUUCGUCAAGUGGACAUGAUCAUGGACAUUCUUUUCCAAUACAAUGCAAAGCUCACCACGUCUACCAAUCUGCAGACGCGCGACACUGCCAUCGAACAACUCCUCACCCAGUUCCAUACUCAAAUCCUUCCUUCAUACCGAUCUCGACACCCGCAGUUCCUCGUCUUCCACUUUGCUCAGUCUGAUCCUAUCAUCGUCGAUCGCUUUGUGACGUCCUGUGUUGCAAUCCUAGUCGACAAGAAGCACCCUCAUCACAUCCGCCAGAGUGCCGCGGCCUAUUUCUCCGGAUUUGUCGGACGCGGUGCACAUGUCUCUCCUCAAGUGGUCCAAGACUGCCUGGAGCUACUAUGCGACCAUCUCACUGUUCUAAGAAGAUCGUACGAAGUCUCUUGCACUGGGCCGGAUCUCAAAAAAUACGGUGACUUUUACGCCGUAUUCCAGGCGAUCCUAUACAUCUUCUGCUUUCGAUGGCGGGACGUUGCCUCCACUAGCGAAGACCUUGAAUCCGAUUCAGAAUUCGAAGCAGAUGAAACGACGAUAGAAACAUACCAUUUUCCAGACUCUCUUCGCGACUCGCUGAGGGGUGCGAUCUACUCUCCUCUCAAUCCAUUACGUGUCUGCACUCCCGUCAUCGUCGAACAAUUUGCAAAACUCACCUUCGCCUUGCAACUGUUCUAUGUCUUCCCUAAGAUUGAGGAGAACAAGCAUGUACGACUUCCAACAACCCAUGCCAGGAGCACGACCGAUCUGAGCAUAAGCAAUCCAGACCGCGAUCUGAGCUGGGUCGGUGAUAACGGUAUGCUCGAGGGAUACUUUCCUUACGACCCAUACCAUCUCCCAAUAAGCCGACAUUGGAUUGAAGGCGACUACGUCACAUGGAAAGGCAUCCCUGGUGAACCACUGGACCAAGACAGUGAUAGUGAUGAAGACGGCAUGGAUGAAGAUGUCGAUCUCGACGAAGAUCCAGACAUGGACGAGGGGCUAGAGGGAUGAGUGUGGACCCUGGUCCUGACUCGAUCAGUUAUCAGAAGCCUUCACGAAGAGUACGAUGACCACGAUUACGACUACAACACAAAAGUUCUUUCUAUGUAUGCUCACUUCACCGCGUUACGCAUGGUGGCUCUCAUUGUACUUGCAAAGCAUAAGCACGCUCGGAGUCGGGAUUUGAUCGUAUACGAAUUGUUUGGUAGAUGAAGUGCUCCGAAAGGGGAAUGUCGAUGGCCAUAAUAGUUCAUCUAGAAUAAUCCAUCGACCAGUACAGACUAGAGUUGGAAUUGAUUCCUGUUCUCAUCGA